CCUUACAAAGAUGGCGUCCUCGGAGCAGGCAGAGCAGCCAAGCCAGCCAAGCUCUACUCCAGGAAGUGAAAAUGUGGUGCCUCGAGAACCUUUGAUUGCCACAGCAGUGAAGUUUCUACAGAAUUCCCGGGUUCGCCAGAGUCCACUUGCGACCAGGAGAGCAUUCCUUAAGAAGAAAGGGCUGACCGAUGAAGAGAUUGAUCUGGCUUUCCAGCAGUCAGGCACUGCUGCGGAUGAGCCCUCGUCCGUGGGCCCAGCCACACAGGUGGUUCCUGUCCAGCCCCCUCACCUCAUUUCGCAGCCAUACAGCCCUGUAGGUUCCCGGUGGCGAGAUUAUGGUGCGUUGGCCAUCAUCAUGGCGGGAAUUGCAUUUGGCUUUCAUCAGCUGUACAAGAAGUACCUGCUGCCCCUCAUCCUGGGCGGCCGCGAGGACAGGAAGCAGCUGGAGAGGAUGGCGGCGAGUCUCUCUGAGCUGAGUGGCAGCGUGGCCCAGACAGUGACUCAGGUACAGACGACACUGGCCUCUGUCCAGGAGCUGCUGAGGCAGCAGCAGCAGAAGGUCCAGGAGCUGGCCCACGAGCUCGCCACCGCCAAGGCCACCACAUCCACCAACUGGAUCCUGGAGUCCCAGAAUAUCAACGAACUCAAGUCGGAAAUUAACUCCUUAAAAGGGCUUCUUUUAAAUCGGAGACAGUUCCCGCCAUCCCCGUCAGCCCCGAAGAUCCCCUCCUGGCAGAUUCCAGUCAAAUCGCCGUCACCCUCCAGCCCUGCAGCCGUGAACCACCACAGCAGCAGUGACAUCUCGCCAGUCAGCAACGAGUCCACGUCCCCCUCGCCUGGGAAGGAGAGCCACAGUCCCGAGGGCUCCACGGCCACCUACCACCUGCUAGGCCCCCCGGAGGAAGGCGAGGGCGUGGUGGACGUGAAGGGCCAGGUGAGGAUGGAGGUGCAGGGCGAGGAAGAGAAGAGGGAGGACAAGGAGGACGAGGAGGACGAGGAGGACGACGAUGUGAGCCACGUGGAUGAGGAGGACGUCCUGGGGGUGCAGAGGGAGGACCGCAGAGGUGGGGACGGGCAGAUCAACGAGCAGGUGGAGAAGCUGCGGCGGCCCGAGGGUGCCAGCAACGAGAAUGAGCGGGACUAGGGCCUCUCCCAGGGACACCGUCCAGCUGUGGGCUCUGGGCUCUGGGCUCUGGCUCUGGGCGGGGAUGGCCUCAAGCCAAGGUCUGGGCAGAGCUGUGCUUGGCUGCAGAGCGUGAGGCUCCCGUUUCUGUCCACAUCUGCGUCUCACCUGAGCAGCAUCCCAGGCCCAGCCCACACCCCACUCAGCUCAGCCCAAGCAGGUGGCUUUGCCUUCCUCACAGCCACACCGAGGACACCAAGCCUCGGAGCCCCACCCCCGACAGUGUCUCCUCGGGGUGCUGGCCGGCUGAGCGUCUGGACUGAGCUGACACCGUGCAUGGCAAGAGCUCAUGUGGUUACCUGCCUUCUCCCAGUGGGGAGGAGCCACAGUCCCCUUGGUCUCUGCUGUCCCUGCUCUGUCCUCUAGGCCUGGCCCAUGGCUCACUCUUCGCGCUGUUUCCAGAAGCCAGAGCCCUGGACCCAUUCCCCCUCAGCAACAGCCUGCCAGGGCCAGCCUCCCCACAGCCGGGCCCUGCCUGACAGGUGGGCACCUGUCCCCACCCCCAGCCCACACGCCCUGGCAUCCUCUCCAACAAAUGAAAUCACACUGCGCUUCAGACCGUCCUCGCCGGCUGUGUCGUGGUCCAGCUGAUCCCGUGGGGAGACGUGAUUUUCGCUCCACGGCAGGGCCAGGCGGCAGAGCCUUCCUGACCAACAGCCAUGUCUGUCCUUCCCACCAAGGAACAUGUUCAUUUGUGUCAUCAUGUAUAGAUUUCAGAAUAUAAGAUAUGAUUGUAUAUAAUUGUAAUAAAUACGAGUUGCCACUAUUUAA